AGUAUGGCGGCGGAUACUAACGGACGACGGCAAGUUGUUAGAAAUGUUCAGUUCAACUGAAGAAAGCUUUAAUUUAAAAACUUUUUUUUUUGUGGUCGAUAGUGUUUCGAGUGACAUUUCUAACAUCGACGCAACACAGUUUUAAUUUUCUUUCUUGGGACUAUUCAGAAGAUUACUGGACAGGUGAUGCUGCAGUCAAACCUGUCUCCGUUUCCCGAGUCUGCUCUGUCAGUCACCGAACUACCUAGUCUUUCCUAUCUAACUCUUUCCGACUCGGCUAACGUUAACUUUUGCAAUGAGACCAGUUUAUUGUCUACUUGUUUUUUUGAGUUACUUGUCAAAAAUAACACAAGUUUACCUGAGGUAACACCAUUACACCCGUUCCAGAGCUAGUUGAUCACGACUUUUCACCCGAAGAGGCCCGACUCCUAUUCCAGCUAAAUGACAAGUUCUCAGCGCGUUAGCUUAACUAGCCAUAUAGCUAAUUACUCUUUAUAACAGUGUUAUUGCUCAAGGCCUGACCAGCUCUACUUACCUCUACAAUAGUCGUUUUAAGGCGUGUGUCUUUGAACCUGUUUGGAACAUUAUGCUUCACGAUUAGAAGGAUGUGUUGCUGGGACCCUGAAAGUAAAUAUUAGCCUGCUAGCCUUCCUAAAUCGGGAGUGGCUAGAAGUUGCAUUAGCUAGUUAAACAUUUAGCUAGCAAACAACCUCAGAUACUCACUCUUUAGCACCCGUCCAUAGUGAAUAUGAUAAACAACUUAAUGUUAACUCGGCCUCUAUGGGGGAAAAAAAACACUUAUUGAUGACAUAUUAAACCACGGUCAAAUUGUCAGCGGGUGUGUUUCAAUGGCCAGCCGUAUCAUCAGCAGGCACAGGGAUAGGAAACCGUGCAAUGGUCAGAUUGUGUAAUAUAGCUAUCUGGAUUUAUCCGAUGGGCUAAAGAUUAGCUGCCUGCCGCUAACUUGCGCGGCAUAAUAACGCUUCUCUCGCUAUACAUUUUGAUGGACGUGGGAAGAUAUUUUAUAGAUUGCUACUGUUGCUAUUGUCAAAUGGUUUUGGCUGUACUGUAUUGUGGCCUGUACGUAAUCGUAUUUAGUCAUUCACUGGACGUAAUGUAGCUCUGUAGAAAGAUACCAUAAAUACAUAUUUAUUUAGUGUUUUUUUUUACAUGAAUACAGGAGGUUUUACGUGUCUCUUUGAAUCAAAAGAAGAAAACACGUCCAUAUGAAUGGCUAGCUAGCAGUGCCUAACUUAAAAUAGAAGAGCCAUACAGACAGCGAAUAGCCAGGUUACAUGGUUUAUUAACACAACAGCCGAGGAUUUAAGACUGAAGUUAGUCAUUCUGGAUCAAGAAACCUUGUCUUUCGUCGCUGAUUGGAGUAACACUCCCAAGCCAUCAUCAAUGCCUUCAGCACUGGCCGCCUUCUCCUGCCGCCCGAAUUCACACCCUUUUCAGGAACGUCAUGUCUACCUGGACGAGCCAGUCAAGAUCGGGCGCUCUGUGGCACGAUGCCGACCGGCUCAGAACAACGCCACGUUCGACUGCAAGGUUCUGUCACGGAACCAUGCCCUGGUCUGGUUUGAUCACAAGACGGGCAAGUUCUACCUGCAGGACACGAAGAGUAGUAAUGGGACGUUCAUCAACAGCCAGCGUCUGAGCCGGGGGUCCGAGGAGAGUCCUCCCUGUGAGGUCCUCUCUGGUGACUUCAUCCAGUUCGGUGUGGACGUCACAGAGAACACCCGUAAAGUCACCCAUGGCUGCGUAGUGUCUACAAUCAAGCUGUUUCUACCGGACGGCAUGGAGGCUCGACGACGGUCAGAUGUCAUCCAAGAACCUUUACCACUUCCCGUUGAUAAGGUUGCGGCCAACACCCCCAUUAUGUACUCUCAGGAACUCUUCCAGCUCUCCCAGUAUCUGCAGGAGGCCCUACACAGGGAGCAGAUGUUGGAACAGAAGUUGGCAACGUUGCAGUGCCUACUGGCCACCACACAGGAGGCUUCAGAGAGCAGCUGGCAGGCUCUGAUAGAUGAGGACCGGCUUCUCUCCAGACUAGAGGUGAUGGGCAGCCAGCUGCAGUCCUACUCUAAAAACCAAACAGAGAAUGGUAUGCGUAACGAGCUGGUAACUCUGCAGGAAGACAAGUACAACUAUGAGAUUACUGCCAAAGAGUCCCUGAGGAGGGUCCUGCAGGAGAAGAUAGAGAUGGCCAGGAAGCUGUCAGAGGUUGAGCGAAGCCUCAGUAACACGGAGGAUGAGUGUUCCCACCUGAAGGAGAUGAAUGAGAGGAACCAUGAAGAGCUCAGAGAACUGGCUAAUAAAUACAACGGCGCUGUCAACGAGAUCAAGGACCUCACUGACAAGAUAAAGCUGGCAGAGGGUCGUCAGGAGGAGUUGACUCAGAAGGGUCAGAUGGAGAAGAAGGAACUGCAGCUUUGUAUUGAUGAGAUGGAGGAGAAGGAACAGGCUCUACAGGCCCGCUUUGAGGCCUUACAGGCUGAUAACGACUUCUCUAACGAACGCCUCACUGCCCUGCAAGUUGGUUUAGAACAGCUGCAGGAGAAAAGCAUCAAGGACAACAACAGUUUAGCUGUGAAGCAGUUGAAAGAAGCAGUGGGAUCGUCGUUGCACAGGCUGGCUAACUUUGAUGAGGUGAUAGAUGCCCACCUGCAGAACAGCCAGACAGCAGCAGGAGACCGCCUUGCCAAUCCUGACAAACUCAAAGAAAACCAAAUGGAUGCUAAAGACUCUGAAAUGUCAGAUACACUGAGCCCCAGCCAGAACCGCAGCAGUGACGACACGUCAGAUGGAAACAUGGAUGAUCGUGAGCUGAACGAGCCACAGAACAGGGUCGCCCUGCUCAAAGAUGAGCUGCGGAUGGCCAACCUGGAGCCUGGGGACAGAGAGCAGGUGAUUCACCACCUCCACAGAGAGCUGCUGGAGGCCCAGGAGUUGGCCAACACAGGCAAGCAGAAGUGUCUGGAGCUCCAGGCCUUACUGGAAGAGGAGAGGAGGAGUAACAGGCAGCAGACUAAGGAGUCAGCUAAGCAGAUCCAGUACCUACAGAGUCAGUUGGGGAAGCUAGCGGUAGACAUGGAGGAGCUGAAGGAGAGAAGAGAGAGCAGCGUCAGCAGCACACAGGAGGAGCUGUACUCUGCUCAGGAGGAAGUGCUAGUUCUCCACCACGCCAUGGAGGCCGCCAGGGCCGAGAGGGAGCGAGACAUCGCCGCCCUGCAGAGGGACCUGGGAGGUGUCACGGCCGAGCUGGAGAAGUGGCGUCAGGCUGCGUCGAAAUACGAACAGGAGAUGAACUCCCUGCAGGCCACCAUCCAACAGCAGAGCCUGCACAGGCACCAGCAGAAAACUAACGAUCUACAAGGGGAGUUUGAGCGUCUUCAGAAGGACUGUCCCAGUCUGCAGCAGGAAUGUGAGUGUCUCCGUUCUGAGAAGACGACCCUGGUGAACAGACUACACGGACUGGAGACGGACCUGGACAGUUCCAGGAAGCAGACUGCCAGUCUGAGCAGCAAUCUGCAGAGUUUGGAGAAGUCCCAGGGAGAGAUGCAGAGUAGACUGGGCUCACUGCAGGACCAACACCUCCAGGACGCUAACAAGCUGCAGUCACAGUUAACCCAGGCUGCUAGCAGCACACAGAGCCUGCAGAGAGAGUAUGAGGACACUCAGAACUUGCUGUGUGAUCUGAGGAAGUGUUGUGAGAGGACUGAGCAGGAGAAACGCUCCAUCAACGAGGAGCUGGAACAGUGUAAAGUUAACCUCAAACUGCUGCAAGACAAGGGCCAGAAUCCACCCAUAUUGCAGCCUGUCCAGGCCAUUUUCAUCGGCCUUAUCCCGGCCUUGCUGUAUUGGUGGUUCAGCCAGUUGUGGUAGAAAGGCCGGUUGGAGCCCCUGGAUGCCAGUUGUAGCAGUGAUGGUAGCAGUGACUGCUGCGGUGCUUUAUCCCAACUUCUCCAAGAGCACCUCCACCUGAGAACUUACCUACUACAUGUCCUCUACCACGUCUUCUUCUGGCAUCUCUACCUCUGCCCACACCAAUCCCCUGCCCAUUUUUUGAUUGAUUCAUUAAUCCAUUAAUUAAUCUAUUGAUUAAUUUAUUACCUCUGGUCGGUUCCCCUACAGAAAGUCCCUCUGCUUUAAACUGUACAAAGGAUAACUGUAUAUAUAUAUAGAGAGAGAGAGAGAGAGAGAAGUAGUAUUUCUACCGUAGAUAUAGGACUAUUUCUACCGUAGAUAUAGGACUAUUUCUACUGUAGAUAUAGGACUAUUUCUACCGUAGAUAUAGGACUAUUUCUACCGUAGAUAUAGGACUAUUUCUACCGUAGAUAUAGGACUAUUUCUACUGUAGAUAUAGGACUAUUUCUACCGUAGAUAUAGGACUAUUUCUACCGUAGAUAUAGGACUAUUUCUACCGUAGAUAUAGGACUAUUUCUACUGUAGAUAUAGGACUAUUUCUACCGUAGAUAUAGGACUAUUUCUACUGUAGAUAUAGGACUAUUUCUACUGUAGAUAUAGGACUAUUUCUACUGUAGAUAUAGGACUAUUUCUACCGUAGAUAUAGGACUAUUUCUACUGUAGAUAUAGGACUAUUUCUACCGUAGAUAUAGGACUAUUUCUACCGUAGAUAUAGGACUAUUUCUACCGUAGAUAUAGGACUAUUUCUACUGUAGAUAUAGGACUAUUUCUACCGUAGAUAUAGGACUAUUUCUACCGUAGAUAUAGGACUAUUUCUACCGUAGAUAUAGGACUAUUUCUACCGUAGAUAUAGGACUAUUUCUACCGUAGAUAUAGGACUAUUUCUACCGUAGAUAUAGGACUAUUUCUACUGUAGAUAUAGGACUAUUUCUACCGUAGAUAUAGGACUAUUUCUACCGUAGAUAUAGGACUAUUUCUACCGUAGAUAUAGGACUAUUUAUACCGUAGAUAUAGGACUAUUUCUACUGUAGAUAUAGGACUAUUUCUACCGUAGAUAUAGGACUAUUUCUACUGUAGAUAUAGGACUAUUUCUACUGUAGAUAUAGGACUAUUUCUACCGUAGAUAUAGGACUAUUUCUACUGUAGAUAUAGGACUAUUUCUACCGUAGAUAUAGGACUAUUUCUACCGUAGAUAUAGGACUAUUUCUACUGUAGAUAUAGGACUAUUUCUACCGUAGAUAUAGGACUAUUUCUACCGUAGAUAUAGUAUUUAUCAGCUGUUCUUAAUCAGUUUGAUGAUGGGAAUAUUGGUAUUAUUGUUAAAGUGGCCUAAACUAGGCUUUGGUUUAGUUUUUCUGAUGGGUACCUAACCUUUAUUUUUGUAUUAUGUCUCCAGGUUGUUUUAGCUGAGUUGACUUCCUGUGUGGUUGGUUUAGCUGAGUUGACUUCCUGUGUGGUUGGUUUAGCUGAGUUGACUUCCUGUGUGGUUGGUUCACCAGGUUGGGGUGUUAAUGUUCCAUUACAUAACAGGGUUUAUUAUUAAAGCCUAAUCAUCAAUCUGAUUAUUCUGAGUUCACGUCCCAAAUUACACCCAGUUGACUGUGUAGUGCCCUCGGCCCUGGUCAAAAGUAGUGCACUAUAUAGGGAAUAGGGUGCCAUUUGGCUGGUGUAAAGUAGUGCACUAUAUAGGGAAUAGGGUGCCAUUUGGCUGGUGUAAAGUAGUGCACUAUAUAGGGAAUAGGGUGCCAUUUGGCUGGUGUAAAGUAGUGCACUAUAUAGGGAAUAGGGUGCCAUUUGGCUGGUGUAAAGUAGUGCACUAUAUAGGGAAUAGGGUGCCAUUUGGGAAUCAUCUGAUGUUCAUUGUGCACAAGGGGUUAAGUGCCUAUGGUAAGGAACAGCAGAGAUGUGUUUGUGAAGACAGUGCCACUCCUACAGAGGCAGUUAUUGAACUAAAACAACAACCCAGUAAUCACUUAAAUAACAUUGUUGGUAGAUGACUAUGUUCAGAAUAACUUUUAUACACCACAUGAUGGUGCUGUAUGUCUGUACUACUGUCUUGUCUCAGCUGUGUGCUGUAAACAACUAGGACUAAAUCAUCAGAAUGUUUUCAAGAGAACACUACAGAACAUAGAUGUGUCAUUAAAAUGGAAAGUUUGAUGUGCUACUUCCAUGAUUUUUUGGUCAUUUUGGAGCUUGUUGACUUGAACACAGUUUGUGUUCACUGGUUUGAGACAGUGGACACUGGAAGACAUUAUGGCCCACAAACCCCUUCAGGUUGAACGUCUGUAAAGGCUCUAGUGGACUGAACCAAUUGUCUGUCUAUGCUUUAAACUCUAGCCUUCUAACUCUGCUUUCUUGUCUCUGGGUUCUAGGCUCUCUGAACUCUAUCGGUUCUAGUCCCCAAGCCUCUGCUCGCAGUACUUGUUGGGUUCUAUUCCCAGACUGUUCUCUGUACUCUGGGUUCUAGUCCCAGACUCUAGUCCCAAACUCUGUUCUCUGUACUCUCUGGGUUCCAGUCCCAGACUCAGUUCUCUGCAGUCUCUGGGUUCUAGACCCAUACCAGUAUGUUGUUGGUUUGUGUCCCCAGCCAGCCCAUAGAAAGCCCUCUGUAGCUCGGAUCAGAUCACUACUACAAACUCAUCAAAGGCUCUGGGAUGAUUCUGCUGCCUUACCUGUCCAUGACACGGAGUCUACCUGUCUGUCUACCUACCUGUCUGUCUGUUGGUUUCGUAUCAUUGUGAUCCUACCCCUACUAAGGACAGAUCAAUAUUCACUGAAACCAGUGUGGUUUAUAAUGGGGUGAAAGGGCAGAGGUGAACCUCUUGUGUAGAGAGACUGGAUCUGAUGAAUGGGUUAUGAUGCUGAAUGUGAAUCAGGAGGUGGUUGAGAGGAAGACAACCGGAUGAACUGUGGGGUGAAGGAAGGCUUAUGGCUUCACCUCCUGUGUGCAGACUGAGUGCUGCCAUCUCCUUUGUUCUCACUGGUUGUCUGGUUUUACCACAUUACUGCCCGCGCUGUUUCUGUAAAUAAACACUGAGUCAGUCCAAGAAUAAA